AUGUCGUCCAAGCCAAACUCAGUGCCAACCUACCGCCUAGGUAGCCUUCCUAUGAAAAUCAAACGGUUCAUUGAAGCAUCUUCAGACACCGAUGCAUACCACCAACGUUCACAUUCCCAUCACUCUCUCCUCAACGCAUACAUGGUAGCUACCUUCCUCGAGGAAGCAAGCCAAUACGUACCGCCAAUGAAACGAGAUGCUGGUUUACGAGAUCUUGCACAAAGACUUCAUAUGUGGCCUGGCGACAUGGCGAUGCAGCUGCAACGAGACGCCCUGAAAGCUAUUAACCUUCUGGAAAGGUAUAUUCGACAGAGCUUGGCUGAAGAGUUGAAGUUUGUUGAGAGAUCUUCGGCUGCUCGGGACGUCGGGGAUGGGCCGCAGGAAAGGGUGCGAGACAUGACUCAGACGAUAGAAGAAGCACUUGAGGACCUAGGCCAACUCAAGCAUGAGCUCCGGGAACAAGUCUUAAAGCACCAUCUAGACUUUGCCUCCACUGAUCUGGAGCUCCACGACCUCUCACCGUUCAUCCCAGGUUUCACCUCAGCACGCGCCAAGGGUCCCCACCCAUUAGCAAAAACACCAGAAUCUUCCCGGAAACAGUCAGUUGCAGACCUCUCUGCAUCAUUUAACCUCCUUACCGACUCUGGCCUCAGCCCUAAGCGAAUCGAAGCUCUUGCAGCUAUUGAGAAUUUCCGUGACACGGUGAAUUCGAUUGCUUGCGACUUCGCCGAUAUCAUCGGUAAUGGAUCAAUGAAGGCACUGGAGGAGAGGGUGGUGGAGAUGGCAAAUAUUCAGGAAGCUUUUGAGAGGAUGGGUAUAAGGCUGUAUCGGUUGUUGAAUGCAGGCAGCCAACAAGAUUAUGAGGGCAAUGUUGAUUCCGCACGGUAG